ACCAUGGAGACCCAGAGGGAUGGCUCCUUCUUGGGGCGGUGGUCACUGGUGCUGCUGCUGCUGGGCCUGCUGAUGCCUCUGGCCACCACAGCCCAGACCCUCAGCUACCAGGAGGCUGUGCUUCGUGCUGUGGAUGGCUUCAACGAGCAGUCCUCAGAGCCCAACCUUUACCGUCUCCUGCACCAGGACCUGCAGCCCACUGAGGACGAGGACCCAGACACUCCAAAGGAUGUCAGUUUCACGGUGAAGGAGACAGUGUGUCCCAGGACAUCGCAGCAGCCACUGGAGCAGUGUGACUUCAAGGAGAAUGGGUUGGUGAAGCAGUGUGUGGGAACAGUCACCCUGGACCAGGCCAGGGGCUCCUUUGACCUCAACUGUGAUGAGAACACCAGGAGACCUGCCAGGCUGGGCAGGUUCUUUCGGAAUAUUGGUAGGAGGAUUCGUGACAAGUUUAGGAACAUUCGCAGGAAUCUUGGGAAUUUUCUUCAGAAUCUUGUACCCAGGACAGAGUCCUAG